AUGGCUCAAACAUAUCUGACCAGUGUCACAGGGUAUCUGGGGUCCCAGUUUCAAGAAAAAAACUUGGUUUUUCUGCUGCAGUUUUCUCAUCAUUUUAAUGUGGUCCACAUGUACAUGUUCAAGUUUACGGCUCAGACGAUGCUGGAACGGUGA